AUGGCGAAAUCAAAAAGCCCCCGUGUCGUACGAUUCCUCUCUGAUUUCACCCUUGGAUUCUCCGAUGGUCUUACCGUCCCUUUUGCUCUGACCGCAGGACUGAGCUCUUUGGGUCAGGCCGACACCGUCAUCUACGCGGGUCUUGCUGAAUUAUGUGCUGGAAGCAUCAGCAUGGGUGUCGGCGGCUAUCUCUCGGCCCUGGACGAGGUUCUGAGCUCAGCUGCGCAUACUGGCGACCGAGGAAGCAAUGUCGGCGAUGAAGAAGAAAUGAGGGGCAUGUUGCGCGAUGGAAGCACGAGGACCUCGGCUAGUAUUGCCAGCGACGGCGUAGACGAGAAGGAGCAGGAGCAGGAGCAGCAAUCACAGGAAGACCUCAUUCGAACCCAUCUCGAUCCCCUGGCUCUGCCAAAUACCACGGUGCUGGAAAUUCUUGCCGCUCUUCGAAACCGCCCCGAUGGCGUCGGACGUGCUGCUGACCGCCUCAAACAGCACAAUGAUGCCUCCAGGAAUCCAUCUUUUGAUCGACUUGAACUCUGGCCGGUCGCCUCGGGCCUUUCCAUCUCGCUGGGGUACGUCGUUGGCGGCAUCAUCCCCCUCUCUCCGUACCUCUUCUCAUCAACGGUGGGAAAAGGCCUGCAAUGGAGCAUCGGGCUUUGUUUAUUAGCUCUUUUUCUGUUUGGGUCCGGAAAGAGCUGGGUGCUCCGCGGCCAAGAGAGAGGCUUGAGAAGGAGUCUAUGUGAGGGUUUGCAAAUGCUGAUAUUGGGGGGUCUCGCAGCUGGAGCUGCUGUGCUGUGCGUAAACAUUGUCGGUGCCGGCUCUCGACCGGAUUUGCUUGGUUGA